CAAAUUAUUAAGAUAAAAAUGUUCGGAAUAAAAAUAAAUGGAGUUAAACGGCAAGUGAUUAUUUCGUUAUGUUUAUAUUUAGGGCAAAUAAUAAAUGGAUAUUCAGGCGGUUGGUCGGGGCCAUGCCUGCCAAAACUACGCGACCUUGAUCAGUCACCGCUCCCGUAUUUGCUGACGGAGGCACAGCUGUCCCUAGUCGCUACCUUCAUUUACUUGGGAGCAAUAGUUGGUCCAUUUAUAAUAACAUGGUUAUCAAACACCAGAGGACGAAAGCCUUGCCUCAUAGUCAGUGGGGUUAUAUCACUGUUAGCCUACGUCUUCAUGGGAAUAUCGGUAAACCUAGCCAUGCUGUACGUCAGUAGAUUUCUGCUCGGCGUCGCUGGUGGUGCAAUAAGUGUUAUAAAUUUGGUAUAUAUCGGGGAAAUUGCAUCUCCAAAAAUCAGAGGAAUUCUGUUAACAGUCAUUUGUAUUUUUACCACACUGGGUCUAAUGUUGGUAUUCGCUGUGGGACCAUAUGUUUCAUACCAUGGAACGGUCUAUGUUGGUGUUGCCAUCAGUAUCGUGUACAUAGUUUGCUUGUUUUUCAUACCGGAGACGCCAAUUUUCUACGCAUUGCAAGGUAGAGAUGACGAUUUAAAAAAGGUACUACAAGACUUAGGCAGAUUGGAAGAAGUAGACAAAAUGCUAAAAAUGAAAAAUGAUCUCAACGAGACCAACACGAAGAAAGAAUGGGUGGAAUUAUUUUCACUUAAAAGCAACAGAAAAGCUUUGUACAUAGUCGUUACUAUAAACGUUUUACAGCACUGCAGCGGAGUUCUGGCUGUGAUGUUCUUUUCUGCAUCCAUUUUUGAAAUGGCUGGAUCUUCCAUAGAAUCUAACAUAGCCAUGAUAAUAAUUAUAUGCUUUCAAAUAUUAGGCAGUAUAAUAACACCGUUCUUUAUUGAAAGCACUGGAAGACGAAGAAUUUUAUUAAUGUCAACCGCUAUAUGUUCUUUCAGUAUGUUCACACUUGGUUUAUACUUUUACUUAGAUCGCAUAGAGAGCUCUGUUGUAAAUAAUAUAAAGUGGUUGCCAUUGGUGAUCCUUAUCGUAUUUUACAUUGGGUAUGAUUCAGGUUUCGGUAAUAUUCCAAAUGCCAUAAUAGGAGAGAUGUUCACAACCAAUGUCAGGAGCAAGGGUUCAACCGUAACUCUGAUGACGACAUAUUUAUGUGGCUUUAUGGUGACCACGGCUUUUGGUGCCCUGUUGGAGAUUGUCGGUGGCCACGCAGCGUUCUGGUUCUUCUCCUUUACCUGCGCCUGCGCAUUUUUAUUUACCGUGUUCUUCAUUCCGGAGACCAAAGGAAAAACUUUAUUGCAGAUUCAGGAGGAUUUGUAGUUAAUUUUUAGUCCUGUAGCUAUUUAGAUAAAUUUAUCAUUAGGUUAAUUAGCUAAGUGGAGAUGGAACGAUUACAUGUUACCUAAAUACUAAGCUAGUAAAUGGAGCAAAAAAAAAAACGACGGAAUAUGCAGGCAAAGUGAAGGAUUUGAAUUGAAAUGAUAUUGAAAUGAAAUGAAAUGAAUUAGUUUUUGCGGCGAAUUGGUACCGGCUCCAAAAUAUGUUAUUGUAGAACUACACUUACUCUUUUAUACACAAAUAUUCAGUAAUAUAUUUUUUUU